AUUAUUCAGUAAAUGUGCAAAAAUAUGUAAAUUUCGGUCUUUGUGAAGAAAGAAAAAAUCGAUUUCACUUAAAUCUAAAAAAUACAUAUAUAAUGAGCUUACAAGACGAAAGUUUUCCCUAUGAUGAUGAUUUAGAAUUUUCACGUAAUUCAGGUAAAAAUUUUGUAUUUCCUCACCAUAAACCACGACGUCCCAGCGGUUUGGCAAAUAAGGAACCAGAAGAAGAACAUGACCAUGUUGAUCAGCAUAUUUCAAACAACACGAAUAUUUCAACAUCUUCCUCCAUACACCAGCAAGAUGAAUCGACACAGUCAUCUAAUGAUUUUUGUCCACCAUCCGAGACUAGUGGCAAAACAAAUGCCAGUGAACCAAAUGAUUUGCAAGAAUCUCAAAAUAAAAAAUCUGAAUUCAUACGCCACAAUCCCAACAAAUCAAUUUCCUAUCAGGACAUACACUCUGAAUACACCAAGAAACGUUUCAAACAUGUCGAAAGUAAAGUUGGUCAAUACAUUGCCAAUAUAAAGGCCCAAGAUGAGAAACGUCGAAAUUCUGGUAAAUUUCAAAGACAUCGUUCUAUGCCCGACACACUGCAUGGAACUGAAAAAGCAAGAACCGACCUUAACAAUGACUCUAAAAUACAUAAUGAGCUGCGUCGCAGUACUAACGAUUUAGAUCGUAUAUGUGAUCAGAGUGAUACUGAAAUCUAUGAUAAUCUUACGGCUACAACAUCAUCACUAUCCAAUCGUGAUUUGGGUUCCGAUGCUGGCAUCUUAUUGGACAAGCAAACCUAUGAACAAUUGCUGAGUGACAAGGAGCGCAAAGAUUAUUUGCAAACAAAGUUGGAGGAGAAAAAUGCUGAAAAUUGUCGCUUGAAACAGAAUUUGGACACAAUGCGUAUUGAAUAUUCUAUGUGUAAAGAUAAACUGAAACAGCAGACUCAAGCACAACGAUUUUCUGGUUCAUUUGGUAGUAUAAAUGCUGCCGCUUCUCUGGGUCGUACCUCUCUACAAUGUUUGCUAUAUCCCCCAGAGAGUAGAGACAAGUCUACACAAACAGAUAGAAUGUUAACGCCUUCACCCGUGCCUCCGCUUGCAAAACAAGGCAAUGAUAUAUUUGCCACACCUUUAACACCAGAUUCCAAUAACAAUUCAUUUAAUCAUGCUGCCGUGGGUAUGUUAGCACCAGCCGCCCAUAAAGUCUCAAAAACUGUGGCCACUAUACAACCACUUUCAUUGAAUUUCAGUAAUCUAUUGGAGCAAGAAAGCCGUGAUUUUAAUAGCAGUAAUAUAAAUACAACCAUGGGAUUCCUACGUCAUCGUUCCAAUUCUAUGACAGCACGUAAAAAAUCCACUCCUUUACCCGCAAACAUUUCAAAAGUCAGUUCAGUUGGCAGCGGUGGGGCGCCUAGUAGCAGUGACUCAGCCAUAGACAUAGAAGUUGCCGAGUUAUCACCUAAAAAUCAAAGACAAAGUCGUCGUGAAGAAUUUAUAUAUUAUGAACAACGUUCUCAACGCUAUUCUGUUCUAGAGACUCGUAAUGCUGGUAGAAGCUACACGGAUAGCCAGGCUAAUUCAACCCCUAGAAAUAGUAUUACCAUUGAGGACGGCGGCAUGGGUUCGAGUAGUAAUACGCGUAGAAAUUUACACAAACGCCAUAAUUUACGUUCACGCAUGAUGCGUUUUUUUGGCGCCUGUACGAAAUGUGAAGAUCCCAAUAUGUCUUUAGAAUCCGUCGAUAAACUUCAACACUCGCAGAUUCCACUUUUGGAAAAAAGUACACAGAAUUAUUGCCGUAAUGUGCGUUGAGGUUUAUCCAGGUCUAAAUGUUACUUUAUAUGUAGUAUGUGUGUACUUUUUUUUUCUUAAUUUUCAAAUGGAAUUCUUAAAUUCUAGUGUAAACACCAACUUUUUCCAAAUUUAUAAUUUGAAAAUCGUAAAAUUAUUAUAAUUAUAUGCUGGUCAUUAGAAAGUCUUAAUUUUUC